AUGGGUCCGAACACAGUCGUAGACAACUUCUCUGACCUAGGAUCACGUGAUAUUUACUGGAAUCAUGACUGGGCCGUCGAUGCUAGAUAUCACUCCAAUAUUGAAGAUGUCAUUAACUUCGCUCAGCGCGUUCCCACUGCAGAACAAGGCAUUGGGAAUUUAAUUGACGAAAUUGUUGAUGACCAAACCUUAAAUAAAGGAACUGGAAAGUCGUACUUGAUUAAAAAAAUUCGUGCUCAACCUUAUAUAACAUGGCAAAAGACCAUGAUCAGCCUAACGUUUUUACUCGUACUCGCUCCAACAUGGGUUGCUGCGUUUAACAUCCAUAGUACCACCAUUUAUUCUGAACUCUCUAUCUCGACAUCAAAUAUGGGCCUCGACAUAGAUGGCGAGCGAUUAAAGCAGCUAUAA